AUGGAACUUGAGAAUGAUUGUGCUUGGAAGCCGAAACAGGGAAUGACAUUUGAUUCUGAACAAUGUGCGUAUGAUUUUUAUAAUACAUAUGGAGGAAGAAUGGGGUUUAGCAUAAGAAUGGAUUAUUGUAGGAAGAACAAGUUCACUAACCAACUUAUUUGUAGACUUUUGGUUUGCAACAAGGAGGGAUUUCGAAAGGUUGACAAGCGAGACCCAUUAGCAAAAAACCCUAGAGCUGAAACUAGGACUGGUUGUGAGGCUCGACUUUAUAUUAAAUUAGAUGAGAGUACUGGGAAAUUUGUUGUGACUGAUUUCAAAGAAAAACACAACCAUGAUCUUGUAUCAUCUGAGUGUGCCCAUAUGUUGCCGUUACAAAGAAAGAUAUCGACUACCCAAGCAGUUGAGUUAGAAUUGGCGGCACAAUUUGGUCUUCGUUUAGGGCAGUGUUUUGAACUCAUGGGUAGGGAAGCUGGUGGAAGGCAAUGUCUUGGGUAUACGAAAUUAGAUCAAAAAAAUUAUUUGAAAAACAAAAGACAACAAAGUUUAGCAUAUGGGGAAGUGGGCAAUGUGUUGCAAUACUUUAAAGAAAAAUCUUUACAAAAUCCUUCCUUCUUCUAUGUUUUUCAAUUAGAUAAUGAGGAGCAAAUAAUCAAUAUGCUUUGGGUCGAUGCACAAAUGAUCAUGGAUUAUACCCAAUUUAGUGAUGUUGUCACAUUUGAUACGACUUACAAGUUAAACAAAGAACAUAGACCCUUUGCAUCUUUUGUGGGAUUCAACCAUCAUAGGGAAACAGUUAUAUUUGGUGUAGCAUUGUUGUAUGAUGAGACUGCUGAAUCAUUUGUAUGGUUGUUUGAAAGUUUUCUAGAGGCUAUGUCAAGAAAGGCACCAAAAACUUUGUUCACUGAUCAAGAUGCUGCAAUGGCUAAAGCCAUACCCAUCGUUAUGCCUGACACAAGUCACCGAUUGUGUACUUGGCAUUUGAUGCAAAAUGCAUUAAAACAUGUUAACUGUUUGUUCCAAGAUAAGGGGGUGAAGGGUAUACUAAAUAAAUUCUUCUUUGACAUUGAAGAUGCAAAUCAAUGGAAGUUAGAGUGGGCGGAAAUGCUUGAUAAAUAUGAUGUGCAUGAAAACCAUUGGUUGAAAUUGACUUUUGCGGUGAAAGAAAAUUGGGCCUGGCCUUAUGUUAGAUCAACAUGGACUGAGGGAAUGAGUACCAUACAACUUAGUGAAUCUUUUAAUGUGUUUUUGAAGGAUUACAUUCGUUCUGAUUUUAACUUAAAUGAAUUCUUCAUACAUUUCGAAAGGGUACUUUACGAUAAGCGAUACAAGGAGUUAAAAGCAGGAUAUGCUUUGUGCCAAAGGUUGCCAAAGGUGAAAGCAACAAUAAGAAUGUUAAUUCAAAUGGGUAAUGUCUACACAAAAAAGAUCUUUGAGGAAUUUCAAAAUGAGUACUUUCGAUCUAUUGAAUCGGACAUAGAAGCAAUUGAAUAUGGCGAGGCUAGUACCAUUUACACAGUUAUUGAUGUUGGUAACAAACAUGUAAGAAAAGUGAAGAUGGAGAGGAUGGCUCUUUGGGUUGUAAUUGUACAAAGUUUGAAGGGGAAGGCAUCUUGUGUUGUCACUCAUUGA